CCCUAACAGGUUGUGGGCACAGCUUGUCGCCGUUAUAGUGCAAUUAAUGUAUUGUUUAGUGUUGUGUAGUGUCGCCACUGCACAGGACGUACUGGUCGAACAAAUCCACCAAAAAGGCCAGUAUAAAUUCCUUGUCUUGAAAAUAAUCAAGUUAGACUGUUGCUGGUGAUUGACUGUUUAUUUACUGUGUAGGGAUGGAAUUUAUGACAAUUUGUGUGUCUGUGUGUGUGCAGAUGCGGGGCCUGCACUUCCUCUUCUCUGUCCUCCCAGUAGAGGAGAUCCUGACCAGCCUGACCUCCAUCAACCCUCACGUCCAGAGACUAGACACACUGGCACAUCAGGAGCCCAGCCCCACUACUAAGCUAUGUAUCAUCCAACUCCCGGGCAUGCUGUCCAGUCUGUUCACUACGCUGGACAUCAGCAGGCAGGACCAGGGGUCAGACGGCACCACCCCAGCCCAGGCCAGACCCAACUCUGAGUCUCCUCCCAACUCUGUCUUCCUCACUUUCUUUUGCCCUCUCUCUUACACUCUCCAACUUUCUCCCAUUCUCUGUCUCGGAACCUCUCUCACUACCUAGAACUAUUGUCAUCUUGUUGACUUUGUCUGUGCUCUGUCAGGUGAUGUUGGUCUUACAGCCGGUGUUCACAUUGUCUGAGACCAUCCUCAGUAAGUGGCUCAGUGACUCAGAAGUGGUGAAAGUAAGUACUUUACACACUAUGUGCAUGAGAAUGUUACAAAACCUACUGCAGCUGUCAUCCUCCACAUACAACACCCGUCCUGCCAGUAACAUUCUGUUAAAGGUCCCCAAAGCACACUA